ACAUCGCGGCAGCAUUUCCCCUCAGAAAGCUUAGGCGACCUAGGGUUUUAUCCUUUUAAGCCCAAUCCCCCAAGGCGAGCGAGAUCUCUCUCUCUCUCUCCUCGAUUCCAUCUCCGUGCUCCGCCGCGGGUUCUUCUCGGUUCCCCUCCGUCGUCCGCCGCCGCCGCCGCUCCAUCCGAAGCGCUUCCUCUCUGCCGAGAUUUAGGAGGGAUGGGGGACGGUUACUGGAAUCGGCAACAGCCCGUCGUGCCUUCUCCUGGGCUGCUCAAGCGGCCUCGCCUCGAUUACGAUAUCCCUCCUCCAGGCAUGCCUUCUGGUCCUGAGAUGCAAAACUAUCUACCACGUGAUGAUGAUCCUAAUGGACCUCGGGCUGUGAAGGACACCAAGACAAUAGGAUCGGCAUACGACCGAUAUCUCCAGAGCUCACAACUGUCUUCACACACUCCUGGAGAAGCUAGUACAUAUGGCAGUGUUGGAAUGGCACGAACAAUGGGUGUUCAAAUGCCAGGUGCUCCGGUUGCUGAUCCUUCUAUGAUGAGCCGUCCUGGGCCUCUUGCUCCAGACAUGGCACCAAAUGGUCGAAAUGCUGGUUAUGGUGGUCCACUCCCAAUGGAAGCCAUGGGAAGGCCGGGCCGUGAAACGGUUCCUUUGCCUCCAGAUGCUUCCAGCACUCUGUAUGUUGAAGGACUUCCUCCUGACAGUACAAAAAGGGAGGUUGCUCAUAUAUUUCGGCCUUUUGUGGGGUAUAAAGAAGUGAGACUCGUGAUUAAGGAGUCGAAGCAUCGUGGAGGAGAUCCUCUAAUCCUUUGUUUUGUGGACUUUGUAAAUCCAGCUUGUGCAGCCACCGCUUUGAGUGCCUUGCAAGGCUACAAAAUGGACGAGCAUGAUCCAGAUUCAGCUUACCUGCGGCUGCAGUUUUCUCGGUACCCGGGGCCAAGGUCAGGUGCUGGACCGCGUGGGAGGAGGUGAUGGGAGAGACCAAGUUUGAUGGGGUGUGGUCUUCUGCACUUUACUGGUACCCAUCAAGUUUGCUCUUGCACUGGGGUUUGCAUUUCCAUGGUUCAGCACAGAGGUCUGUGUGCUAAUCAGAUUACUCUCUUCCUCCCUUAAUGAGUUCUUGAGGUGCAGGAUAUAUCUACGGGAUGCUGUCAAGACUGUAGUGGUGAUGCCGAAUGAUUCUGUGAUAUACGGCUGACUAUGUUAAUCUUGUCAUUCUAUGAAAGGGUAGUGUUGUAUAAUUGCCUUUAGAUUGAAAACUUUCUAAAUUUGACUCUUCCUCUGGUAGCAUUUUUAUGUUCUGGAUAAUUUCUAAGUUCUAUUGAGGAAAUCGUGGGAGAGAACCCAAUUUUGAUU